AACACCCUUCCUUCCAUCCUUCCGUCCUUGUAAAACCUAAACUCCAUUUUGAGAGAACAAGUCUUGAUACACAAUGCAGAGAUGGUGCUCCAAGCUCCGAUCACUCGCCCUCCUCCGCACAUCCUCUUCACCGUCUCCUAAAUCUCAGCCACUUGUCCUCCACCACCACCGCCGUCUCUUCCAUUCAAAUCACCUCACCAAAACCCUAAUCAUUUCCCGACCACCCCUUCUUCCGUCUACAUUACCAGUUACGGCAACCUCCAAUCUCCCUUCCUCUCUUCCUGCUUUGAUGCAAGUGCGCUAUCUUACUCUGAAGCAAAGGAAGAGGAAGCUAAAGUGUAGGCAACCACCUUCCCCAGUCGUCUCCAAGUUGAAAAAAAUCAAAAUGAAAUCUUAUUCGUCUUUCAAGGGACGAUUUAGGACUAUGAAAGAUGGCCAGAUUAGGCGCUGGAAGGAAGGCAAACGACAUAAUGCUCAUCAAAAGUCAAAGAUCGCAAAACGUCGAGGCCGACUACCUGCCGUAGUCCCGGUAGCAUAUGCUAAAGUGAUGAAGAAGCUCAACUUCUGCGGUUAAGUUAUCAGCAGCAGCACAAGGCAAGGCAAGGCAAGCCAUUUUCUAGUUUUUCAAACCUUUUAGUCAUAAAAUCUGGAAAGAUUCAAUCAAUCUCGCAUUUUGAAUUUGAGACAUUAACAUAGAUGAUAAUAUUGUUUUCCAUCAUUGUUUGUUGCUGCUUACUCUUGAAUUGUCAUGAAAGCUACAUGUUAUCCAAGAAAUCAAAUAGAAACACACAGUUUGAUUAA